AUGUCGACGAGGGGCGGCGGUCGGGCACCCGAGGCGGAUGUGAAGACGACGAUUUGGCGGCCGAACGUGAGAGUGACCCUCGACGAGUAUGGUGAAGUCGAGGACACGGAGAGUGGGGGAGAGGACGCGUCGAAGCAGGGGACGAAGCGGAAGAGAGCCCCUCGCACGAAGGGGCCGUGCGAGCACGGGGUGAAGUAUCGGUCGAACUGCAAGGUGUGCAGCGCUUGUCCGCACGGGAAGAGGCGCUCUCGGUGCCAGGAGUGCCGUGGGGCCUCAUUCUGCGAGCACGGUCGUAUACGCUCUCAGUGCAAGGAGUGCGGUGGUGCAUCAAUCUGCGAGCACGGCCGUCGGCGCUCUCAGUGCAAGGAGUGCGGUGGGGUUGCAAUCUGCGAGCACGGUCGUCAGCGCUCUCAGUGCAAGGAGUGCGGUGGGUCUCAAAUCUGCGGGCACGGUCGUGAGCGCAGAUACUGCAAGGAGUGCGGUGGGUCUCAAAUCUGCGAGCACGGUCGUAUACGCUCUACAUGCAAGGAGUGCGGUGGGUCAGGAAUCUGCGAGCACGGUCGUCAGCGUACCAGAUGCAAGGGGUGCGCUGGGGGCUCAAUCUGCGAGCACGGUCGUCAGCGCUAUGGGUGCAAGGAGUGCGGUGGGUCUGGAAUCUGCGAGCACGGUCGUCAGCGCUAUGGGUGCAAGGAGUGUGGCGGGUCUGGAAUCUGCGAGCACGGUCGUCGGCGCUCUCGGUGCAAGCUCUGUAGAGUCGACGGAUGA